AUGGUUUUGUGUGUAGAGGAGAUGGUGGUAACAGGUAUCAUUGUAUUGAAUUAUCAGUUCGUUGAGGAUCAACUUGACUUUUGGGAUAUGGUCAUUCAAACUCUGAGAGUUUUCCUAAGAUUACAAUUUCUCAGUGGAAUCAGAUACAAAGAAAAGAAACAAGAAGCAAAAGAUAAGAAGCAAGAAGACCAGACUACCUAG